CACAGACCCCCCCCCGAGGAUGACAAGACAACAGACUCUCACCUUAAUAUCAAUGGCAUCCGUCAACUUCAGUUCAAUGAUCUGCUACUCAAUAUUAGGCCCAUUUUUCCCCAUGGAGGUAAGCUAAAGGGGAAAAAACCCCCAUCGCAGGAUACAAAUCGCAAAGGGAAUUUUUUUUUUUUUUUUUCCCCACGACCUGGCAACGUCAAAUUUGUUCUUAUUAAUGGCUUAUAACUAACUCACAAGGCUUUAGUACAAAAUAUUUUAUCAGCAACUGGAGAAACACUUCAGGAAGGGUGCAUCAGACAGACAUACUGGGGUUAGAUACUCACUUAGUCCACAAAUAAUAAAAAAAUGUCUGUCAGGGAGGUUAUAGGAUAAUAACCACCCAACAUCAGCAGCCUUUUGUGGACCUACUUUUUGAAACAUGGGGCUUUAAUCUAAAGAACUGCAAAAGGUUAGAUUUAUACCAUAUUUUACUGCCCUUGAUUGACACAUUUACACACUGUUCUAUGUAUUUGCCUUGUACAUCGCUUGUGUUUUUCCUCUAUCAGUUCUACCAUUCAGUUUGGGCCAAAAUGGGGUUUUGUUUAUCUUCUUUCACACCGCUGAUGCAUUUUUACGGCAUCGAUUCGAUUUGAUUUGAUUUGGCUCAAAGUGGACUUCAGUCUCUUUCCUUUUGCUACAAGCUGAGGGCGAAUGCAAAUGCGACAAGUGAUGUGUAACGUGAAACGGCCGGAGCGAGACAGAGUCAAACCGAAGGGGAUGUAGAGUCAAGACAUUGUGUAACGGCACGCAAUUGGGUUUCGAAGAAAACAACAGGGACGAUACAUGUAAUACUGUAUGCUCUCCCAAAAUCAAAGAGUAUACAUGUACAUCGUUAUGUAUGUGCUGAGUACUAGACUUGACACACAUGUCCAGUCUUUUGCUACGGGCAUUGAAAUACACAUUGCUGACUUUUUAUCAAAAUCUUUAACAAGCUUUUGAGGUGUCAAAACAAACACAGACGAACGGGACUGGAAUACAGGACGUCACCUUGGGGACGUCGUGCUGUCCUCGAGAUAAAGGAAACGCUACAAUCAAGCGGGGCCCGUGGAUAGAGCCUGUGAUUUGUAAUGCGCCCGUGUCAGUGUAAAAGUCACCGAUCACACCGCCUUGUCCUGGGUGGAAUGAAUGAGUAAUCAUGUGCCAGACAUCCGAAAGUUUCCCUGAAGGCUAGUGAAUGACUGGCUCUGUUUUGCUCAUUGGAGGGAAAAAGUCUCAGGCAGUAAAGAAAGGAGCCAGUCAGACUGUGGUUGGUCUCAUAUUUGGCUGCUACGCUGUUUCUAAUUUAAUUGGUUCAUUGUUACUGGGAAAAUAUAUUGUCCAGAUUGGCGCAAAGUUCAUGCUCGUCACGGGACUUUUUGUGUCGUCGGUCUGCACCAUUCUGUUUGGAUUACUUGAUCGGGUUCCCGCGGGACCUGUUUUUAUUGCUCUGUGCUUUAUAGUGAGGUCUGUCGACGCCGUGGGCUUUUCUGCCGCCAUGACCUCCUCUUUUGCAUUGACAGCAAAAAUAUUCCCAAACAAUGUGGCAACUGUUUUUGGUAGUUUGGAGAUUUUCACAGGACUUGGCCUCAUCAUGGGGCCACCGGUAGGAGGGUGGUUCUAUCAGUCAUUCGGAUAUGAAGUCCCUUUUUUGCUUCUUGGGUGUUUCCUGUUGGUUAUGGUUCCCUUCAACAUUUACAUCUUGCCAACUAUAGAUGCAGACCCCUCGAAGGAUUCGUUCUUUCAGCUUCUCACCCACGUGAAAAUAGUCCUGCUCUGCUAUGUGAUUUUCACUCUUAGUGCAGGUCUGGGCUUCUUGGAUGCCACGUUGUCCUUGUUUGUUAUGGAGAAGUUCAAUCUCUCGCCUGGCUACGUGGGACUCGUCAUGCUCGGUUUGUCGUUACCAUACUGCCUGGCAUCACCGCUGAUGGGUUAUUGCACUGAUAAAUAUCCUGCCACUAGGAGUUGGUUCAUGGUGAUAGGUGGUAUCGCCACAGCAGCCGGGUUCUGUCUGAUUGGUCCCGUUCCUUUCCUUCACAUCCCGAGUCAGCUGUGGUUACUGGUCGUCAUGCUUGGUGUAAUUGGGGCUUCUCUGGGCAUGACUUCAAUCCCCACGUUCCCCGAGAUCAUCGCAUGUGCAUAUGAAAAAGGAUUUGAAGAAGGACUAAGUACUCUUGGAAUGGUUUCCGGGCUGUUUGGUGCAGUCUGGUCCUUGGGGAUGUUUUAUGGCCCGAUAGUGGGUGGCCUUAUCACACAACAUUUGAGCUUUGAGUGGGCAGCUGCAGUCCAAGGAGGCUUGGGGUUUUUGUCUGCCUUUCUCCUCGCUCUGCAUUAUCUCUGUCAACGACCACAAAGCACCCCAGAGGAGGGGCGUAGACAAACAGAAGAAACCACUCCUCUGCUGAACGACUGAAUGCCUCAGAAACACGUGGAAGGAACACCGUGUUGGACCAAAACCAGCUCUUGACGUUUCACCUGCUUGUGGGCGUCAGCCUUAAAGUUAAACAAAUACUUUCUUUUAUUGAUUGCUUUGUAACCCUUUUAAAUGAUAAAUUCUUGUGGUGCGGGGAUAACAAUGAUUUUUACUUGGGUCAUGGAAACAUUUUGUUGCUUAUUUCCAUACAGUAGUACUAUAUGUUUUUAUGAAAUGUCUUAAAAAAAUGUUUUUGUAGUGGGUACUGCCUAACAGCCAUAAAACAAAGCUGAAUAACUGUAUGGUACUAUGGACUUAAUAGGACUUUGAACUGGCAGAUUAGAACUCAAUUUUUGUCAGAUUAUCAUUUCGUACUAUGCUGUAUGUUCAAGGUGGACUUUGGAUGAAUGUAACAUAAAUAUAAGUCCAGAUCACGAUCUAAAUGUGCUUUUUGUUCUGAAACUCUGCUGUAUUCAUGAUCUUAGUUCUCUACAUCGCAUGACUUGGAUUGCAUGUUGAAGUGACGCGUGUCGAGCUGCUGACCACAUUCAUAGUAAAGUAAAGGAAAAUAACCAUGUGGAAUACAUUAUCGUUGAAGUGAUGCAUUAUGCAAGUCAUAGUGAACCUCUGAUAACAUACAGUAUUAUUUAAUAGAGAUUUCACUGCAGUUAGUGAUGUUAUAUGUUUAUGCGGAUUAUAAUUUUGAAAUAAAAAGACAUUUUCAUAUCCCGAAGUUAAAUUUAAAACCAUUACAUGCCGAUGCUAAUGAACACCAUACAUU